AUGACUGCAUCUGCUCCAUAUACUAUUGAAAAACCAUUCAAAGUAGCAAUCAUCGGUUCUGGUAACUGGGGAACUGCAGUUGCCAAAUUGGUUGCUGAAAACACUGCUGAAAAACCAGAAAUUUUCCAAAAGGAUGUACAGAUGUGGGUUUUUCAAGAAGACAUUGAUGGUAGAAAAUUGACCGAUAUAAUAAAUGAAGACCAUGAGAAUGUCAAGUAUUUGCCAGGAAUUCAAUUGCCAUCCAAUUUGAUUGCUAACCCAGAUAUUGUUGACACAGUGAAAGACGCUGACUUGUUGGUAUUCAACAUUCCUCACCAAUUCCUUGGAAGAGUUAACAAGCAAUUGAAAGGAAAUGUCAAAUCCACUGCUAGAGCCAUUUCUUGUUUGAAAGGUUUGGAAGUUGACCCAGAAGGUUGCAAAUUGCUCUCGACAUCAGUAACUGAUGACUUGGGUAUCUAUUGUGGUGUUUUGUCUGGUGCCAACAUUGCUACUGAAGUUGCCAAAGGUAAAUGGUCAGAAACAUCAGUAGCUUACACUAUUCCUGAUGAUUUUAGAGGUGAAGGUAAAGAUGUCGAUGAAUAUGUAUUGAAGGAAGUUUUCCACAGACCAUACUUUCACGUUAGAGUUAUUCAAGAUGUUGUUGGUGCCUCAAUUGCCGGUGCUUUGAAAAAUGUGGUUGCAUGUGCAGUUGGUUUCGUUAUCGGUGCUGGUUGGGGUGACAAUGCCAAGGCUGCAAUCAUGAGAAUUGGUAUCAAGGAGAUUAUUCAUUUCGCUUCAUAUUGGCAAAAAUUCGGUAUCAAAGGUUUGGCUCCACCUGAUCCAACUACUUUCACUGAGGAAAGUGCCGGUGUUGCCGACUUGAUAACAACUUGCGCUGGUGGUAGAAAUGUCAAAGUUGCCAGAUACAUGAUUGAACACAAUGUUGAUGCUUGGGAAGCUGAAAAAAUCGUAUUAAAGGGACAAAGUUCACAAGGUAUAAUCACAGCUAAAGAAGUUCACGAAUUGUUGGAACAUUUCAAGUUGCAAGAUGAAUUCCCAUUGCUUGAAGCUACCUAUAAGAUUAUUUAUGAAGGUGGUAAAGUUGAUGAUUAUCCAGAUAUUUUGAAUAGUGAUUAA